AUGGAUCAAUCAUCACUAGUCAAACGUAAUUUUCAUGGAAGGUUUGUUUCUUCUCGACAAAAAGAAAUGAUCAUUAACUCGUACAAAAUGAAAUUGCAACAAAAUCCUAAUAAGAUGAUCAGACAAAUGCGUUCAACCCUUUCCAAAGAACUAGGUAUUGGUGAAACAACUAUCUCCAACACAAUUGCGCAAUAUCGUAACAAUAAAACCGUUUCAUCACCAAACAAAACGAAAAUUUUUAAAAACAUUACCUUAAAAAUUGACGAUUUUGAUAAAUACGCAAUUAGAAGAAAAAUACAUCAGUUUUGGACAAACCGUGAAUUAUCUACGUUGGACAAAAUUCCUACGGUUAUCAAUGAAGAUAAAACUCUUCCUGAUUUUUCACGUUCUUUCUUAUAUCGUUUACUUAAGUCGAUGGAGUUUGAUUAUUGUAAACAAGUACGUAACAGUGCCUUGUUGGAAAGAGGAGAAAUUAUUCUUUGGCGAAAAAAAUAUCUAAGGGACAUCAAGAAAUAUCGAGAACGAGGUCCGCCAAUCUAUUUUCUUGAUGAAACAUGGGUGAAUGCCGGAGGUGUUUCUUAUAGAGUGUGGUGUGAUAAAACAGUACAGUCACUCCAUGAUGCACGUUCUCAAAGCCUUUCAACUGGUCCAGUCUAUCCAUUUGGCAAAGGGAAGCGCCUUAUAGUGGUCCAUAUUGAAUCCGAAGACGGCUUUGUUCCCAGUGGCUUGUUGUGCUUCGAGUCGAAAAAAACAGCAAAGAUUACCAUGACGAGAUGA